GCUCUGAAUCAGCUGAGUUUAAGGAUCCCGCCCCGUCAGGACUGUCUCUCUAAGUGGGGAUGUUUAGUGACACACUCAUCCUCAGGACGAAUUACACGUUUGCUGCGCUUUUUCUUUGAGCCACGAAAGAAGCGAGAUGAGGACGGGGCUGUCGCUUUUUCGAGUCGGACUGCUUUGAAGCGAGUGUUUUCUCCGGCGCAUCUUGGGCUUGUUUCCUAGUCGAAAUAUUGUGCUGAACAUGCUGCAAUCAGACUGAUGUAUCAUGGAUCCCGAGGAGUUAGAACUGCAGAAUGACUACCGUUACCGUAGCUAUGCAGCGGUCAUUGAGAAGGCGCUGCGUAACUUUGAGUCUUCGAGUGAGUGGGCAGAUCUCAUCUCCUCACUGGGCAAACUCAAUAAGGCUCUGCAGAGUAACCUCCGCUACUCCCUCCUGCCCAAGCGGUUGAUCAUAGGCAAGCGUCUUGCCCAGUGUCUGCACCCAGCUUUGCCGAGCGGAGUACACCUCAAGGCUCUGGAGACCUACGAGGUCAUUUUCAAAAUCAUUGGUACAAAAUGGCUGGCCAAGGAUCUGUUCAUUUACAGCUCAGGACUGUUCCCGCUGCUGGGCCAUGCAGCCAUGGCAGUGAAGCCUGUGCUUCUGACACUUUACGAGCGUUACUAUCUCCCGCUGCAGAGGGCUCUGCUGCCUAGUCUUCAGGCUUUCAUAACUGGACUACUGCCCGGCCUGGAAGAGGGACUGGAGGUUUAUGACAGGACUGAUGCGUUGCUGCUCAAGUUGUCACUGCUGGUGGGUCAGCAGGUCUUCUACGGCGCCCUGUGGGGAAGUAUGCUGGUCAGCCCUAUGGUGCGACUGCCCGCCUCGGUCUUUAUAGUCACACAUUUUGACCGCAUGGCGUCCCUGCGGCAGCAGACACACAUGCUAGGCUACGACCAUAGACUGGUGGUGAAGUCAGUGUGUCUUUCUCUACAAGAUUCAAAUGUCCUGGUGCAGAGGAACAUGCUUGAAAUCCUGCUCUACUUCUUCCCUUUUGCUGAAUGUCUGGACCCAAUGGAGUCCAGUAUUUCCAUGAGUGUCAAAGAGUUGAUCACAGUGGUGUCUGCAGCCUCACUCACACUCCUUCGCAGAGACAUGUCCCUCAACAGACGCCUCUACGCCUGGCUUCUAGGGACCGACAUAAAAGGAGGAAUGGUGGCACCACACCCCACCAUCUCAUCUAGCACAGAGGAUCAUACAUCUUACUACUUCAGCACCUUCUCUCGAGAUUGUCUUGUGCAGGCUCUGAUUAACAUCCUCAAACAGAAGGAUGUGCAGAGCGACCCAGAGAAUGUGAUUGGAUACCUCAGGCCCUUUCGUAUCAUCAUCAGCCUGCUGGAUAAACCUGAGAUAGGUCCGGUGGUCUUGAGCAGCGUGUUGUUGGAGGUGGUCCGAGCCUUUCACAGCUACUGUCGAGGGAUGCUGGGUGAGGAAAACAUCACCAGCACAGGGCUCUCAGGCAACCAGCUUGCAAGUAAGAUAAAAGAGAAUAAGAAUGCAUCAGAGAUCAUUAAGACCAUGAAUAUGCUCGUGAGCACCAUGAACAGCGAAUACCUGUGGGAGUACAUGACCCGACGCUUCUGCACUUCUCUCAGUGACAAAGAUGACCCACCAACGCCUCCUUGGCAGGACCGCAGCCACCCUGCUCCCUCUGUCACAGAGAUGUCCAAUCUCAUCAUUUUCCUGCUUGAUGUUCUUCCUCUGGAGCUUCAUGCUGACAUCCAGUCCCAGUUCCUCCCUGAGAUGCUGAGCACCAUGCUGCGGACUCUGCGCAGCCACAUGGACUCUGUGAGCCCGGAAGAUAUCACACAGGGUCUACGUGCAUGCUUCAAAGUCCUGAGUAAAAUCCAGAUGCCUGUGGCUUACAUGGAUGUUGAGGCAGGAGCACACACAGAGGACAUGGAGUUACAGUCACCAGAGGAGGAGAGCAAAAAGACUCAGGAUCUAGAGAUGGAGGGAAAGAAAGAUGGUGGUCAGGUUAAUGGUUACCAUGGAGAUGAAGAGCUGAACAGGGACGGAGGAGACGAGCCAGAGCCUGCAGAUGGUGUUUACCCGACACUCAGGUCUGAAGACAGUGGACUAGGCAUCAGCGCCUCACCAUCAGAGCAGCAUCUCCCACCAGGGAUCGGGCAGACGGCUGAAGGAAAUGGAGUUUUCAAAGAAGGCGAGGGAGUUUGGAGGAGGGGAGGGAGUGUAGACACCAUGACGCAGUGUCUGCAGGACAUCCUCGCCUUCAUAACCACAAGAUACCUGCUAGUGCAGGUGGAGGAUGUGAGAGCACCAGAGGAAGUAGCCCAGCCUGACCUCACUGCUGCCUCACUGGAUCAGAAGACUCUGUUAACGGGCAGAGGGGGGCGGGAAAUAAAAGAUAAACUGACUGAACUGUUCACCCCAAACAAACUUAAAUCCCGCUCUACAUCUGAUGCCCAGCUCCCAGCAGCCCCCACAGAGAAGAAAAAGGGGCCUAUGGGCUGUCUGGACUGGGCGGCUGGCUACAUGCCCCGCGGCAGGGCAGAGAUCUCUGAUGCUUGUCGACAGGCCUUCACUGCUACCUGCCACCUGCUGCUAGAGUGCACCACCUUCCCUGUCUACCUAAGCGAAGAGGAGACUCUGGCUCUCCAUACAGACAUGUUUGGUCAUGCAGGCAAUGACAUGGACAACCUGCCGGUGUGGGUGACGUCCUUGAUGACGCUGUGCUGCCUGUCCAGGGACUACAACAUCCAGCACACUGCAGUGGCCUCCCUGUUGGAGCUCAUCAACCACUCCCAGUCCUUAGCACUGGUCAUCCAGGACAAGCACAGACGCUACCAGACAUCGGACUUUAACCCUCUGAGUGGGCGGCUGCAGAUGGUCACCGUGCCACCCAUUUACCCUGCUCUGCUUCGUGCCAUAGAGGAGCGCACAGAUUUCUAUCAGAGGGUGUCCCAGGUUCUGUGGAGCCAGCUGGAUACAGAGCGGAGGGAGCAACACAUUUCCUGUGUGGAACUCUUCUACAGACUUCACUGUUUGGCUCCAUCAGCAUCCAUCUGUGAGGACAUCAUCUGCCAGGCGCUUUUGCACAAAGACAAGGCUGUUCGGCUGGAAGCACUUCACCGCUUCACAGUUCUGUGGCACCUGACCCGGGAGAUCCAGUCCAACAGGACCAUGUCUCUGAAUCGCUCCUUUGACCGGUGUCUGUGCGUUGUGGUGGACAGUCUGAGCUGUACAGAUGGCUCUAUUAGUGCAGCAGCUCAGUGCUGGCUGGUCCGGGCUCUUUCCCUCAAUGAUGGGAUUCGGAUCCUUGAGCCUAUAUUGUUGUUGCUGCUUCACCCCUCCACUCAGCGCUCCUCCAUUCAGAGUGUCAAACAAAAUGUUACUGCUGGUGCCCUGAGAGUUCUCAGCAGUAGAAGUCGAAGCUCCACCAAAUCUUCUGGAGCAUCUACUGAUGCCAUGGCAACAGAGGUCACCACCUUAAAUCUCAUGAACAUUGUGGACCGGGAAUCCCUGUGGGCCGAGUUAGACAGUGGUGCAGAUCCCGCCAAACCUCCGGAGACUUUAGUGUUAUCAAGGAGUGAGAGUGAAGAGACAGAAGAAGAGGAAAGAGAGGAAGAGGAGGAGGAAGGUGAGAGUGAACACACUGAGUCAGCUGACACCAGUGGUGCCCAGGCAUCCACUGAGAACUCCAGCUCAGGCUCCGUGCCCUUCCGCAGCAUCGAGGAAGGAGGUGUGCUCAACGGACUGCGGCGGGCUGAGUCCGAGCACACACAGGCAUCUGAUUCACUGUCGAGUGAGGAUGAGGAGGAUUUGGAGCUGGAGGCCAUGGCCAGGUCUCGCCUGCUGAAACAGGAGCGUGAGAAGAGAGAGGCCAUCGACUCUCUGUUCCGCCACGUGCUGCUGUAUCCUGUGGCGGGCGGGUGGCGCCAUCUGCUCCAAGGCUUGGCUCUGCUCGAUAGCCUGCUGAGAAGCAGCGCCAAGUGCCCUCUGGUGGAUGCACUCUCCUCCACCUCUCUGGAUACCAGCUCUGCUGCACAUUUAAAUCUAGUGUCCAACCUCCUGCAGCGCCACCAACAGGCUCAGGAUGGUCAUGGCUUCUACGGCUGCCUGCUCUCCCCUUCCUCCUCCCCCUCUGUGCCUCCGUCCCUACUCAUUGAACUGCUGGUGUCCUUGUGUCUGCGGUUCUUGCGCUCUCAUUACCCUUCCUAUCUGAGCCUGGGCCCUCUUGACCUGCAGGGGAACAGGGAGGUUCAGGUAAAGAGUGUGGAGGUGCUAACCCGGAUGGUGAACCAGCUUGGCUGUGUGGCACGGGGACAAGAGGGCAACGGGGCCAGUCUGGAGCCAAUUCGCAGACUCCUUUCAGGUUGUAAAGUGCAGCAGUACGCUUUGCUUACACUCUCUGCGUCCAUGUAUGUCAGCCAACGGGGAAUGGACAAGGGAGCAGCCAAGGGUGUGGAGCUGCUGGAGGAACAGGGAGGCCUGUCAGAGGAGAGUCUGGUGAAUCUUGGAGCAGGAGGGGGUCCGGAACAGUACCCCUUACAAAUAGAAUUACUUAAACUCCUCCAGGCUCUCAUCGUCCUUGAGUACCAUGUGUGGCCCAGUGGGGCCGUCUCAGCCGCUAGCCAGGAGCCUCGUGAAUCCCCGACUGCCAGCACCCCGCUGGCUCGCGAGUGGCAAACCGCGAUUCUUUUUCAGCAGUCCAUCAAGGCAGCACAGUACGUUCAAAGCAACCCCAUCACAGCCCAGGGGAUGUUCGUUUCAGCCGCAGCCAGGGCUCUGCAGCCACAGUACGGCUACUCCAUGCAUCCCCACUGGGUGUCGCUGCUGUGCUCCUCUCUGCCAUACCUGGGUCGCUCAUUAAGCAUCAUUGUGGCUCCGCUUAUCAAUCAGAUCUGCAGGAACUUAGACGAGCUCGUCAAAAUUUACGAGCAUGAUGGAGGAAAGACAAAUCAAAGCCUGAGUGGUAGGAGGGAGAACAUUGCUCCUGACUACCCUCUGACUCUGCUUGAAGGCCUGACCACCAUUACACACUAUUGUCUACUGGACAACAAGAGGUCUUUGGUAGCUUGUGAUCCUGUGGAUGUCCGCAACGCACGCAGCGCUGUGAUCGAGGCACUUCCGCACAUGCUCAGUAGUAUGGCGCUGUUAUGGGGGGUGGUCAUGAGGGAAGAGUUUCAGAGACGCGCACCUGAUUCUGCCCAGAGCAGCAGACACUCUUCUACCUCUGUUUACUUUAAAAGCGCCAAGAUCUUGCGCCAGCGGAUCCUGGAGUUCCUGCUCCCUCUUACUGGCCAGUAUGGGGUUAAUCUCAUGGCUUCCUUGGGAGAAGUGUGGAGCAGAAGAAAGAGUAAAAGACGUCCGAAAAACAAAGUAAGAACUGUGGUUUUACCUGUGGCCAGCGAGGCUCGUCUAACCAUCGUGGAUCUGGUGAAAUCUUUGAACACCUUGCACAUCGAUACCAUCCUGCAUUUGGUCAAGGACGUGGUGAAAAAGCCGCACCAGAUCAAAGGAGAACAGAAAUCCAGCCUGGUGGAUGUUCCCAUGUUGCAGUUCAGCUACGCCUACACCCAGAGUAUUUCAGCUCAGGCACUGCAGGAAAACAUUGCCUCUCUACUCGGUCUGUUGCGGGAGUCUGUUCAACUCAACCUUGCCCCACCUGGGCACUUCUUACUGCUGGGCAUUCUCAAUGACUUCGUCAAUAGGCUCCCCAACUUGGACAAUAAGAAGGACACAAGAGAUCUGCAGGAGGUGACUCAGCGGAUCUUGGAGGCGGUGGGUGGGAUUGCAGGGUCAUCUCUGGAGCAGACCAGCUGGCUCAGUCGCAGCCUGGAGGUCAAAGUUCAGCCACAGGUGUGCGCUGAAGCAGACGAACCUGAUGAUGUGGACGUGGACGGUGACGGUGACCAUGAGUCAAUGGCUCAAGCUAGCACCAUGGUUUCCUCUUCAGCUCCCUCGGUUUACAGUGUGCAAGCUCUUGUACUCCUGGCUGAGAUCUUGGCACCUCUCCUGGACAUGGUUUACCGCAGCGAUGAGAAAGAGAAAGCUGUUCCUCUCAUUUCUCGGCUCAUGUACUAUGUUUUUCCCUACCUGAAGAACCACAGUGCCUACAACAUGCCCAGCUUUGAAGCAGGUGCUCAGCUGCUGAGCAGUCUGAGUGGGUAUGCCUAUACCAAAAGAGCCUGGAGGAAAGAGGUCUUUGAGCUCUUCAUGGACCCCCUCUUCUUCACCAUGGAUGCCUCCUGUGCUCCAAGUUGGAAAUCCAUUAUUGACCACCUACUGACUCAUGAGAAGACCAUGUUCAAAGACCUCAUGAGCAUGCAGAGCAGCUCCCUGAAACUGUUUACUAAUGUAGACCAGAAACCCAUGCUGCUGAAGCGCCAGGCAUUUGCCAUGUUCAGUGGAGAACUGGACCAGUAUCAUCUUUAUCUGCCCCUCAUCCAAGAGCGUCUCACUGAGGCUUUGCGUAUGAAUCCGAGCGCUGCUGUCUCAGCCCAGAUGUUCCUGAUGUUUCGUGUUCUCCUGCUGCGGAUUUCAUCUCAGCACCUCACAUCUCUUUGGCCAAUCAUGGUCACAGAGCUGAUUCGCAUAUUUGCACGUCUAGAGAAAGCUCUGCAGCCAGAUAAAGACGUCUCGAAGUUGGCUAAAGUGGUACGCGGAGCCGUCGACAGAAAUGGCCCAGUGAAUUUCUCUCAGGCAGAGUUGGACAUGUACCUGUCGGCCUGCAAGUUUCUGGACACCUCUUUGGCUUUUCCUCCAGAGCAGAUACCUCUCUUUCAGAUGUAUCGUUGGGCAUUUGUCCCUGAAGUGGACGUGAACCGCUACAGUGGCCCAGAGACUGCGCUGAUAGAAAGUGAGCAGGAAUGUAUACCCCACGUUGUCAGAGUGCUGGAAGGGAUACAGCAGCGAUAUGGGACACUGAACGGGCUGAGUGAGGAAUCUUCCACCGAGCGCUUGGAGUUCCCCCUCCUCACUCAGCGCUCCCUGUCCUCCAUCACCCAGCUGUUGCCAUUCCUGCGCACCCUUUGCUGUUCCUUCCAGAGUCCUCCCCCUUACAGCAACCCCACAACCCACUUCCCAGUAGCAGACUACCCAGCAGCCAGUUCAGAGGCAGUCCUGAAGAAGCUGGAGUGCAUCACUGAAGACGAGUUCCUGGACUCCAUGGAGAAUUAGAGCUCAGAGCCAUGGAAAUAGGCACAACUAAUGUUCAUGUUGUAUUGUGAACUUGGGGCAAAAAAGGAAAAGUUUUAAAUUUUGUUUUUAAUGUUUUAACUUGUCUGAUCUUGUCAUAAGUUCAUGUAAAUUCAUGUACCUCUAAGGUGCUCUCACACUGAAUCUGUAUGUUCUUAUUUCACUAGACUUUAUGGAAAUCUGGAAAAAAAAACAUGAUUGACAUAAUAAUGACAAACUCUUGUAGAAUAACUCUUUAUCUCUCAAGGAUCUCAGUUGCUGAGCAUUCACACAUUUAGAUUGUGUCAGACUCUUUUCUUAAGAUGGUCUCAGAUGGUCUUACCAUUAAUAACAUCAAUAAUCUGAACCAACUUCAAAUUACAACCUGUUGUUAUUAUGAUGCGUGCAGCUUAUAAUAUCAGUCGUUCCAAUUGAUAUUUUUGAGUUUCACACCAAAUAACAGAUUACACUGUGAAGAACCUUACUAAGUAUUGUGAAUAUGUUCUUUUGACUCAUUCAUAACCUCUGGUUAACCACACUCUCUGGUACGUUCAUACGUAUGUCUGACUGAGAAUGUAAAGACUACAGUACAUGUCUGUUGUAGAGGUACUUUGUUUUUCGUUGUUAUAGGAUUCAUCACUAUGGGACCUCAAAAGAUUCUGGCUAAGAUUUAUGUUCGAGUAAGUUACUGAAUACGAUUUGUGUGCAUCAGGAACAUCUGUUGAAAUAUUAUUGGGUGUACCUCACUGAAAUACAUACAUGCUUGCCGUUUACUGGUGUUAAAGGGAAAUCAGCCUUUCUUUGUGGGUGUACAUCGAUACUUUUUACAUUUGCCUGUUGUCUUUUUUUCCAAAGUGCUGAAUGCUUGAGUAAUUUAUUUUGGAUGUUUAAAGGACCAUGUUGAGGUUUUAAUUAACACGAAGAAGACUCAUUAAAAAAUGUUAAGCUUAAA